AUGCAUCGCACACGGACCACAACCUAUAUAACUCGAGCGCACACCGCAGGCAGCGAGAGCCAAGUGCUAGCGGUGGCCGACACCUGCCUCUCCCUGCUGGGGAAGGGCGCCAACGGCAUCGUGGUUCUCGUGCGAUACGACGAGGAAUUGUGCGCCCUCAAGUGCGGCUUCAACCAGGGGCACGCCGCCGCCUUCGAGCAGGAAGCGACCGUCAUGGCGCGGCUGGGGGGAGCGGGGGGCGCCCCCAUCCCCCUGGCUUUCUGCCGCGACACUCCCGCCCUCCUCAUGACCUGCUGCGGCUCGCUGAACCUGGCGGACCAGGAGGACCUGGGAGACCGAGUUUUCCUCCAGAUCGGCCUCCGAGUGGUCCAGGCCCUCCAGGAGGUGCAUCUCAAGGACGUCGUGCACUGCGACCUCAAGCCCGACAACGUCACACUCCAGCUCGGCGAGGACGGCCAGCUCGAGUCCCUUCACAUCAUCGACUACGGCUUCGCGCGCCUCGCGGGCGGCUGCCACCCGCGCAGGAACUCACAGGACCCCAAGCCGUGGUACUGCCACUGCUUCUACAACGGCACGCCCAUGCGCAAGGAGUGCGACGUGCAGGGACUCGGCUUCAUCCUCGAGUUCCUGGAGGAGGCCUUGACGUUCGUGUCGCCCGACUUCGACGAGCUCAUCCAAAAGGCCUUCGACCCCAGGCACGAGGAGCGUCCGACGCUGCAGGAGGCUGAGGCCUUGCUGUCCUCCCUGCUCGCGGGUCUGAGCGAGGACGACGCCGAGCCCAGCGCGGCUCAGGGGUCUUGA